CCCGCUCCCGUCGUCGUCGUCGUCUCCCGGGCGUGAGCGAGGCCGGCCGACCCCGCCCGCCGGGAGGCCCACGGCGGCACCAUGUCGGAUACGCGGCGCCGGGUGAAGGUCUACACCCUGAACGAGGACCGGCAGUGGGACGACAGGGGCACCGGGCAUGUCUCCUCCACCUACGUGGAGCGGCUCAAGGGGAUGUCCCUCCUGGUGCGGGCCGAGGCCGACGGUUCACUACUGUUGGAGUCAAAGAUAAAUCCAAAUACUGCAUAUCAAAAACAACAGGAUACCCUGAUUGUUUGGUCAGAAGCUGAGAAUUAUGAUCUGGCCCUGAGUUUUCAAGAAAAAGCUGGCUGUGAUGAGAUCUGGGAAAAAAUUUGCCAGGUUCAAGGUAAGGACCCCUCAGUGGAAGUCACCCAGGACCUCAUCGAUGAGUCAGAAGAAGAACGCUUUGAAGAAAUGCCUGAAACCAGUCAUUUGAUUGACCUUCCUACAUGUGAACUCAACAAACUUGAAGAGAUUGCUGACCUAGUUACCUCCGUUCUCUCCUCACCCAUCCGAAGAGAAAAGUUGGCACUGGCCUUGGAAAACGAAGGCUACAUUAAAAAACUACUGCAGCUUUUCCAAGUUUGUGAGAACCUAGAGAACACUGAAGGCUUGCAUCAUUUGUAUGAAAUUAUUAGAGGGAUCUUGUUCCUAAAUAAAGCAACUCUAUUUGAGGUGAUGUUUUCUGAUGAGUGUAUCAUGGAUGUCGUGGGAUGCCUCGAAUAUGACCCUGCUUUGGCUCAGCCAAAAAGACACAGGGAAUUUUUGACCAAAACAGCAAAAUUUAAGGAGGUUAUUCCAAUAACAGACUCUGAACUUAGGCAAAAGAUCCACCAGACUUACAGGGUACAAUACAUUCAGGAUAUCAUCUUGCCAACGCCAUCUGUUUUUGAAGAGAAUUUUCUUUCUACCCUAACUUCCUUUAUUUUCUUCAACAAAGUUGAAAUUGUCAGCAUGUUGCAGGAAGAUGAGAAAUUUUUGUCUGAAGUUUUUGCACAGUUAACAGAUGAAGCUACAGAUGAUGACAAACGGCGUGAACUGGUUAAUUUUUUCAAGGAGUUCUGUGCAUUUUCUCAGACAUUACAACCUCAAAACAGGGAUGCAUUUUUCAAAACUUUGGCAAAGUUAGGAAUUCUUCCUGCUCUUGAAAUUGUAAUGGGCAUGGAUGAUUUGCAAGUCAGGUCUGCUGCUACAGAUAUAUUUUCUUAUCUAGUAGAGUUCAGUCCAUCUAUGGUUCGGGAAUUUGUAAUGCAAGAAGCCCAGCAGAGUGAUGAUGAUAUCCUUCUUAUCAACGUAGUUAUUGAACAAAUGAUCUGUGACACCGAUCCUGAACUAGGAGGAGCCGUUCAGUUAAUGGGACUCUUACGGACACUGAUUGACCCAGAGAACAUGCUGGCUACAGCUAACAAAACUGAAAAGAGUGAAUUUCUAAAUUUCUUCUACAACCAUUGCAUGCAUGUUCUCACGGCUCCACUUUUGGCUAACACUUCGGAAGACAAAAGCGAAAAAGAUGCACUAGUUGGAUCCAACAAGAAUAACACAAUUUGCCCUGAUAACUAUCAAACAGCACAGCUGCUUGCCUUAAUUUUGGAGCUACUAACAUUUUGUGUGGAACACCACACAUAUCACAUCAAAAAUUAUAUCAUGAACAAGGAUUUGCUAAGACGAGUCUUGGUCCUAAUGAAUUCAAAGCACACUUUUCUGGCCUUGUGUGCCCUUCGCUUCAUGAGGAGGAUAAUUGGUCUAAAAGAUGAGUUUUAUAACCGGUAUAUCACUAAGGGAAACCUUUUUGAGCCAGUUAUAAAUGCCCUUCUUGAUAAUGGAACUCGGUACAAUCUGCUGAAUUCAGCUGUAAUUGAACUAUUUGAAUUCAUACGAGUGGAAGAUAUCAAGUCCCUUACUGCACAUAUAGUUGAAAACUUUUAUAAGGCACUUGAAUCGAUUGAAUAUGUUCAGACAUUCAAAGGAUUGAAGACUAAAUAUGAACAAGAAAAAGACAGACAAAAUCAGAAACUGAACAGUGUACCAUCUAUAUUGCGUAGCAACAGAUUUCGCAGAGAUGCGAGAGCAUUGGAAGAGGAUGAAGAAAUGUGGUUCAAUGAAGAUGAGGAGGAAGAAGGUGAAGCUGUUGUACCACCGGUGGAAAAAUCCAAGCCAGAGGAUGAUUUCCCAGAUAGUUAUGAGAAGUUUAUGGAAACUAAAAAAGCGAAAGAAAGUGAAGACAAAGAGAAUCUUCCUAAAAGGACAUCCACAGGAGGCUUUAAAUUCACUUUUUCGCAUUCUGCCAGUGCUGCAAAUGGAGCCAACAGUACAAACAGUAAAUCAGUCACCGCUCAGACACCACCAGCAAGUUCCAACGGAUCCUCUUCCAAAAACACCAACUUGACGGCAUCAGUUACAGCCACUAAGGGCAGUCUCGUGGGCCUAGUGGAUUAUCCAGACGACGAAGAGGAAGAGGAGGAGGAAGAGACGUCCCCGAGGAAAAGACCUCGUCUCGGCUCAUAAAGACUUUUUUCAGGGGAACGCUCGUAACAGGGGGUCUUACAAAAAAAAAAUGCUGCAACUGUUCAAUGAGCUAAAAAGUCUGAAUCAGAAAGCUUUCUCCCUUGAACAUAUACAAUAAUAUACGAGGAGUAGCAAAAGACACUCAGUGUACCAGCUAGAAAGAUUUAGUUCUGUCAACACCAGGCUUCCAGGGAACUUCAUCUCUUUCUAGUCAUUAAGGAGUCCGCCAUCGAGGCUGUCCCCAAAAGGGUGGGUCGGUAAUCAGAACCUGGAGGACAGCUUCUCAGCAAGGAAAGUCUCAGGUUUCGGGAGGGUUGGGGAGGGAAAAGGUCAGUAUAAAACCAUUUUAAUAUCGCAGGGUUUCCCCUGGAAUGCGUCAGAACUCGAAACUCUCGUGAAGCUUCGAUUGCAAACCCAAUAAUCUUCCUUUUGUAACGGUGCUGGCUAUGGUGUUCUUUUACCCCGUUGCCUCUUUUAAAACAAACAGAGGGAAACCAGACUGCUAGGUGCAAACUGCAGUUCCACCUUUGGGGACCAUCUUAUCCAGAUCACCAAGGUCCAGGUGCCCCUCCCCACCCCCAGGUGCUCAGAAGGAGGUGCCCUCUCUUUUCAGCCCGCCGGGGUUUGGUCAGUGCAUGUACUUUGCAGACAGAAGCAAGCUAGAUCCAAAAUGGACCCGUAACUGCUUUUUUUCUUUAGCCAGCACUUCCAGAGGUGCUGAGGCCAAGGGUCGGUCGCUUCCAACGUGGGAAUUCUCCAGAAAUGGCCAUGGCUAGCGCAGGGUCUCAAACUGCACAGAACGGCAAGCGUCUACAGAAGACACUGCUGUCUCACAUCCCCUUCUGCUUGGUUAGUGAAGCGGUCUCUCUCCUGAGCGGCGGAGAUAUUUUCGCCAUGCCAGUUUAAAAUGUGUCAUUGACCGAUGGGAAACACUAACAAACGCUCACCAAAAAGAAAACACCCGUUUUUUAAGUAGUCCUGAAGUAAAGUGGCAUUUAACAACCCCUUUCUCCUCUCCCUCCCUCACACCCACCCCCAAGUCAUUUUGGACCAAGACGGAAGUACCAAAAAACACCUGGCUGAAUUCAAGACAAAUCAGCAUGCAGCACAUGAGCCUUUUCUAAGCAAGGUUGUACUAUGAAAGCUGCUUUUUUAAAGAGUAAAAGCACAUUCCAUGUACCUGUCUGAAAGCAAAAAAAAAAAAAAAAAAAUUCACCGAGGCAAACAGUCGAGAGGUUUUAUUUUCAAAGAGCAGCGAGUCCAGUGUAAAUAUUUUAAUGUUAGUUUGCCCAUCUAUGAUCUGAGAUCACACCGAAGUCAGAAGAUUGACCCCAAACCACAAGUAACGUGUUUAGCAACGAUCAAAGCUCAAAAAUGACAAAACCAGCUGCAAUCCACCACAUCUAGAUCGCCCUUGUAAUGUGUUAUGGGUCCAUUUUUCCUGGAAUAGUUUAAACUGAAGCAGUUUCCCUGUUUUGGAGAUUUUGUAGUUAAUUUUAAUUUUAGCUAUUGUUUGGAAAAGAUGGGCUGUCUGUGUAGAUAUGAAGUAUAGUUUUUCCAUAAAACAGAAGUUUAUUUUGUAUUAAAAAUACCACUGUACUUGUUUUACACCAUUUGUAUACAUGUGGUGAUAUUAAUGCUGAACUGUAAAAUUCAGGAAUUAAAAUGUGACCCUGUAAUUCCAUAAUUAUUGCUUUUGUUUGGUUUGUUGUACAUGGUAAGUUAACUCAGUUUUGAGAUGUGGCCAUUUUUAGAGUAUCUUUAAUAAGCCAAUAAAAUGCUUCAUAAGGUUAACAGUGAUUCUACACCACCAGGUCCUCUACCGCCAGAAUGCAAGCGUUCCGCCCACCUAGGAAGCCAGACCGAGGUACAGUUGUGAAUUGGGCGUUCUGACUGACGAAUGACAGUGGGUGGGAAAUCCAAUCCCUUUGUCCCCAUCGGGCUCCAGGCAUUCGAGAAUGGGGCUGCCCCCUCACCCUCGCAACUAAGGGCUUUAAAGGGACCCUCCACCCCACAGGGCGUGACUCGGGAUGAAUUCGACUGAUAGAGCGGGUGUAUCCGUAGCCCGAGCGUACUCUCCCCCCCACCUCGUGUGUGGCGCUCCACCGAGGCACUUCCUCUUUCGUCCUUAAAGCUAGAUGACCUCCCCGUGUGACAGAUGGAGGAGCCCAAGGGUGUUGACGUCGGCAUCUUUCCCUCCAGGGCCCCUCACCCACGCGGUGGUGGUGAUUCCUGACGAGCCGAGCCGAAAAGAAAGUUCUGGUACUAAGUGUUGUCUUUUCCGUAUUACCUACAAUGCUCUUCAACUUUCCUUUCUGAAGAACUGCCAUGAGCUUUAAGAACAUUCACGCCACCACAGGAGCCUUUUUCUAUAGCAGAAAUGUGAAUGUUUCCCGAAUUGCCGUAUUACACCCACCCUGACGCUCAAGACUUUUUAAAAUCCCUUGGAGGCAACGACGAGGACACUUCCCUUCCCCUCAGAGUCGAGAGUCACCUCCCUCAGGCAGACUUAAGUUAUCUCCUCCACUCAUGUGCACCCUGACUGGAUUAAUGGAGCAAGAGAAAGCCCUCAUUCAAAUGCCUGGGGCCCUUCUAGGUUUUUUAAAAUUCCGUCUGCCAACAUGUAUCGGUUAUAAAUACUAUUUUAAUAAAAAGUUACCUGAAAUAUA